CAGUGUUGUGUGCUGACGUCAGCGGAAGAGGCGGGGCGUCAGCAACAGCAGACGGCGGUUCCGGCUUAACGCGGAAGUGAGCCUAGCUGUGAAUUAAACACAAAACAGCAGUCAGACACACAAACACUGACAGAGAUCUGUGGAGGAGCGCUUCAGCACACAGGAGAUGAACCCUGCCGCUCAGCCGCUCCCGGUGCAGGAUGUCCAGGGUGAUGCGCGCUGGAUCUCACAGCAUGAGCGCUUUGUGCAGGAGUGUAAGGACGCAGAACCAGAAGUGCUGUUUAUCGGAGACUCCAUGGUUCAGCUGAUGCAGCAACACGAGGUCUGGAAGGAUCUCUUCUCUCCGCUGCACGCGCUUAACUUCGGUCUGGCCGGAGACACGACCUGCAACGUUCUCUGGAGGAUCCAGAACGGAGAGCUGCAGAACAUCCAGCCGAAGGUGGUGGUUCUGUGGGUCGGCACCAAUAAUCACCAGCACACAGCGGAGCAGGUGUCAGGAGGAGUGAUGGCCAUCACACAGAUCCUCAUCUCACAGCUCCCUCGAGCCAAGAUCAUCGUGCUGGGUCUUCUUCCUCGUGGAGAGCAUCAGAACCCACUGCGAGAGAAGAAUGCGGCGGUGAAUGAGUUAUUGCGCUCGUCGGUUUCGCAGCUCGGUCCGGUUCAGUUUCUGGACGUCAGCGCCGAGUUCGUCCAAUCAGACGGAAGCAUCUCAAAACAUGACAUGUUUGACUUCCUGCAUCUGACGGCGGCUGGGUAUCAAACCCUCAGCAAACCUCUCUACGACCUUCUGCUGCAGACACUGGAGGAAACCACAGCUGCUCUCUAAUCUUCUGUCAGCGCACCGCACACACACACACACACACACACACACACACAGUCUUCUCCUCUCAGUCUGAUCAAGAGUGUUUACACAUAAUGUUGCCAAAGCACUAACACAGAACUAUGUUCUCUUCCUCCAAAUGUUCUUACCGUAUGUAAACGAAUACAUAUCAUUGUCUGUCAAAAACUCUCUAUCAUAAUAAAAUUUCUGUUUGCUAAA